GCCACCUGCAUGCUCCCCUUCGAGCUGCUGCUCUCCAACCCCCUGCAGUUCUUUCGGGUCGAGGUGGCUCUGGAGGAUAUCAAUGACCAUUCACCCGUCUUCCCCGAGGAACGAGUGACUUUUGAUAUCACGGAAAGGAGUGACCCUGGUUCGCAUUUCCCUCUGGAGGGUGCUCGGGACCUCGAUAUUGGCAGCAACACAGUCCAGGCAUAUAGCAUCUCCCCCGAGAACCAAUAUUUUAGUAUCUCCUAUGGAACUCGAAGCACAGGCAAGAAGUAUCUUGAACUUGUUUUGGAAAAGCCACUAGACAGAGAGGAGCAUGCAGAGAUGAGUUUUAGUCUCAUUGCUGUAGAUGGGGGCUCUCCUCCCAGGACUGGGACAACUGAAGUGGAAAUUGUCAUUCUAGAUGUAAAUGAUAAUCCUCCCAUCUUCACACAGGAGGAGUACAUUGGUGAGGUUCUGGAAAACAUGCCAGAAGGGUCUGUAGUUUUGACUGUGUUAGCAACUGAUCAGGAUUCGGGAGUUUAUGGCGAAAUUUCCUAUCAAUUCAGCCAAGCAGUGGGACAAACGGAGUCGGCAUUUCUGAUUGAUGCCAUAAGUGGGGAAAUUAGAAUCACAAAACCGCUGGACUAUGAGGCAGCACAAAGCCAUGAACUGAGUGUGAGGGCCAGAGAUGGUGGGGGACUCUCAGCCAUCUGCAAAGUGCUGGUGGCGGUGGUGGAUGUGAAUGACAAUGCCCCAGAGGUGGUGGUCAGCUCCUUCAGCAGUCCCCUCCCCGAGGACACAGCGCCCGGCACGGUGGUUGCCCUGUUUACGGUCAGGGACCGGGAUUCUGGGGCCAACGGGAAGAUCUCGUGUGGCCUCGAGGAUCAGCUCUUCUUCUCGCUGCGGCCAGCCUAUAAGAAUUACUAUGAGCUGGUGACAGUGAGCGCGCUGGACCGCGAGGAGACGGCUCGCUACAUCCUCAGGGUGACGGCGGCAGACGCGGGGUCGCCUCCUCUGACGAGCACGCAGACCUUCACCGUGGACAUCUCGGAUGUCAAUGACAACGCCCCCGUCUUCAACCAGACGUCGUACACCAUGUACGUGCGUGAGAACAAUGUGCCCACGGUGUUUGUUGGAGCCGUCAGCGCU